AGGUCUAAAGGCUGCAAUCUUUUUGUGGAUGUGAAAUCUGAGAAAGUGAUAAUCAAAGAAAUAUUGUAUUGACAUCUUUGUAUGAUUGGGAGAUGACUCAGAAACUCGGAUGUGACACCUGACACUUAGUUAGUGAAAGAUAAAAGUCGGCAGUGUUUUUUUUCAUGGACAUAAAAAUUAUCUAAAAUUUCAGGAUUUUCAAAACAGAUGACAUCCUUUCUAAUGUUAUGGCCUAAGUGGAACAUUUUUGUCUUUUUAUGUCAAUAACCCACAUGGUGCUGGUCCUUGCCAUUUACAGGACACUUGUUGUGGUAAAACCUAGAAAUGGGGCCAAGAUUACUGUGAAGUUCCCUUUAGCUAAGUGGUAGAGUAACAGAGUGGAAUCUGAAGGUCUGGAGUUCAAUAUACCUUCUAGGCUUCUUGAAGAUGGCCACACGUUGUUCGACUAUAAUGUAGGGCUUGAUGAGAUAGUUCAGUUAAUGAUAAGAACAAUUGCUCCACCCAACGACAUUAACAAUAAUGGAAAACAAACCCAAGAUGAGACUGAACAGUCAGUUGAUAAAGAAGAUGAGGAGUCUGCCAUGCAUGUCAAUGGUCAUGUGUCAAAUAAGGACCAGGAGUUAGAAGGGGACAAGACUCAACCAAGUACUUCAAAAGAAAAGGUUCCAGAAAGCCUAUAUAAGAUAGGUGAAAUGAUAGAUGCUAAGGAUCCAAAAAUGGGUGCAUGGUUUGAAGCCAAGAUUGUGGACAUUUCUGUGGCAGAAGAAAACAACUCAAGCUCCAUUUUAUAUCAUGUGGUUUUUGAUGGUUCUGAGGAAGAUGAGGUGAAUGAACUUCCUGAGAAUUCUAUUAGACCCAUUGCUAGAACUGCCAUUCCAUGGGAACAGAUUUCAGUGGGACAGCUUGUAAUGGCAAAUUAUAACCAUGAUGAGCCAGACGAGAGAGGUUACUGGUACGAUUUCAAAAUCACAAAAAAGCUUGAUGGUCUUACAAGAAAAAGUAGAGAGCUUUAUGCCAGAUUGUUAUUAGGAAAUAGCACAGAAGACACAGUUGCAGAAGAGUGCAGACUUAAAUUCAUAGACAAAGAAAUAUUCCAGAUUGAAGGUCCUCCAGACCCCUGUAGGUCAGGGGAAUCUAUAAGUUCAUCCAGCAGUAAAUCUUCACCAGCCAAAAGACAAGUGAAGCCUGACUGCAGCUACUGUAAAGAUGACCCAAAGAAAUUGUGCAAACAUUGCAAUUGUCAUAAGUGUGGUGGAAAAGAAAACCCUGGUGACCAACUCCUUUGUGAUGAAUGUGACUUGGCCUAUCACAUCUAUUGUUUGUCUCCACCUUUGGAAAAAAUUCCUGAAGAUGAUGAGUGGUAUUGCCCUCUGUGUAAAAAUGAUACAUCACAGGUUAUUCAUGCUGGAGAGAAACUAAGAGAAAGCAAGAAGAAAAUGAAGAUGGCUUCUUCAAAUUCAACUACAAACAGGGAUUGGGGAAAGGGUAUGGCUUGUGUUGGGCGGACUAAGGUUUGCUCUAUUGUGCCUCCAAACCACUUUGGACCAAUCCCUGGAGUUCCUGUAGGAUCUUGUUGGAAGUUUAGAGUUCAGGUUAGUGAAGCUGGGAUUCACCGUCCACAUGUCAGUGGUAUUCAUGGUAGGGAUGGUGAUGGAGCCUACUCUAUUGUGCUGGCUGGUGGAUAUGAAGAUGAUUUGGACAAUGGAGAGGAAUUCUUUUACACAGGAAGUGGUGGUAGAGAUCUCUCUGGAAAUAAAAGAACAGCUGAACAGUCAUGUGAUCAAACUUUAACCAAGAUGAACAGGGCACUGGCAAAAAAUUGUUCCGUUCCAUUAAAUGAUAAAGAUGGAGCAGAGGCUAAAAACUGGAGAGAAGGAAAAGCUGUGAGGGUGGUUAGAAGUGCCAAGCUGGCAAAACACUCCAAAUAUGCACCAGCAGAUGGGAAUCGAUAUGAUGGCAUAUAUAAGGUUGUGAAAUACUGGCCAGAGAAGGGAAAAUCAGGAUUUAUUGUUUGGAGAUACUUGUUGCGCAGAGAUGAUGAGUCCCCAGCACCAUGGACAAAGGAGGGCAAGAAAUUAAUUAAAGAACAUGGCUUGAAAAUGGUGUAUCCUGAAGGAUUUUUGGAGGCACAAGCCAAAAAAGAAGAGGAAAAAAAGAAACAGCAGAAAGAAAAAGAACAAGACAAGGAAACAGGAAAAGGAAAAGGGAAAGGCAAGGGUAAAAGGAAACGGGAUGAAGGUGAUGUGAGCCCAGCCAAAUCACCUCCAGCAAAGAAAAGAAGCUAUAAGUUACCAGAAAAGAUGAAAGAAUUGCUUGAUGCUGAUACAGUAAACACAAAACUCUGGAGUGAAGUCACUAGUGAAUUACAAGACUACCCAACAUUCAUUCAAAAGGUAGAAGAGGCAUUUACUUGCAUUUGCUGUCAAGAUAUUGUAUGUGAACCUAUAACUACAAAAUGUCUUCAUAAUAUCUGUAAGAGUUGUCUACAACGCUCCUUUAAGGCAGAGGUUUAUUGUUGUCCAGCUUGUCGCACAGAGCUUGGAAAGAACUACAAAUUCAUAGUGAACACGCAUUUAGAUGCAGCUCUCAAUAAUUUGUUCCCUGGUUAUACUAAGGGGCGGUGACCCCUCCCCUCUUAGGUUGCUUUUGAAAUGUAGCUGAGCAUAACUCAUACUACUCUUAAAUAUUAUGGAAAAUUGUCUUCUUAAUGAUAGACCCUACAAACCCUAAGCCCCUAAACAUGAAAACACAAUGCCCUUAAAAAAUGGACUAGAAAUUUUCAAACAAUUUUAUUGUUAGCCCUUACUAACCUUCAAUGCAAAUAAAAAAUUAAGAAUGCACUUUCCUUACUUUAUUAGUAGGCAGUCCAUCUCUUGGGUUUGUAUUUUCUUAAAUUUUCGCCCAAAAGUAGGUUAUAAAACCUAAAUUAGAUUACAGGGGACAGACAUAAGAAAUAACUUUACAUUGAUCACUUAGUGCUCUCUCCCUCAACUAUUUAAUUCCACCUAUGUUUUUUUGCUUUGAAGAAUUAUCAGAAGUUGCCUUUUAAAGCCUUAGAGUUCAAAAUUACCUCUAUCAUGAUGCUUUUAGAUAAUUAUCUAUAAAUGUUGUUAUUUUGGGGUCUAUGUUUUCAAGUUUUGGAGUCUAAUGGGUCCUUGUUUUUAAGACAUGCUAUGAAUGACAUGCAUUAACGUGAGAUUAUAUGUUAUCAAGUAUAUUUGAAAAUACCUAUUUGGAAUUUUGCCUUUCUCAAGCUAACAACAUAUUGUUCUUUCAACCAAUAAUAUGCGUGGCAGUGUAACUUAAUAGUACUUGAUUGUAUAUUAACUAUAUUUUGUUAAUUGUGAUAAGAUGUUAUGAGUAGUUGUUGUGAACAUGUUUGAUGCUUGAAGUGAAGAUUCAAGUACGUUCUUUCUCAUGUGGCAUGUGCUUGUUGUGCCCAAGUGCUAUAUGCUUACUUUGUAGAUGUUCAAGAAAUUUUCAAUGGAGUUUCAAAAGUUAUCCUUAAUUAGGUAAUUUGGUUAUAUCUACUAAGUUGAAAUUGUAAAUUGGCCACCGUAACGAGUUAAAAA